AUGGGCCACCUGCUCUCGAAGGAGGCAAGGAGCCUGAGCCGGGACCGCCGCCGCCCGCGGGGGAAGGUGCCGCCGCCGCGCAGCCGGAGCUGCUUCCUGCGCGGGCCCUGCAUGCUCUGCUUCAUCGUGCACGGCGCCAGCCCACCCGCCCCGGAGCAGCCGUUGCCCGCCGGUGAACCUCUGCUGCUGCCGCCGCCGCCGCCCUACGUGUCGUUGACCGCCGCGGAGCAGCGCGUCGCCCGCCGCCUCCUGCGCCUGGCGCCCGCCGCCUGGGAACCUCCGGGCCGCUGCCAGCGCCUCUUCCUCUCCGGCCUGCUGCCCUCGCCGGUGCGGGGCCUCCUGGGACCACCCGGGGAGGUCUCCUCCGAGAUGGUGUGCAAGCGCAAGGGGGCCGGGCUGCCCGCCUGCUCGCCCUGCAAGCAGCCGCGCUGCGCCGCCGCCGACCCCGAACCCGGCGCCUGCCAGUGUCUGGCGGAGCCGCAGCUGCUCGCCCUGCCCGGCGCCGCGGAGGAGAGCGGCGGGGCCACCGCCGGGCAGAGCGGCGGGGGACAGCCCGCCUCGCCGCCGCCUUCCGCGCCCCAGGACGAGAAGGAGCAGGGCCGGGAGGAGGAGAACGAGCGGGGCGGCGAGGCGGGCUGCGAGGAGCCGCUGGAGUAUCCCGGCGACGGCUGUCGGGAGCUGCCGCCGCCGCCCACCCCGGACAUCAAUCAGCUGCCACCUUCCAUCCUCCUGAAGAUAUUUUCCAACUUGUCUCUGAAUGAGCGUUGCCUUUCAGUGUCAUUAGUCUGUAAAUAUUGGCGUGACCUCUGUUUAGAUUUUCAGUUUUGGAAGCAACUGGAUCUCAGUAGUCGUCAGCAGGUCACUGAUGAGCUGUUGGAAAAAAUAGCAUCAAGAAGUCAGAAUAUUACUGAAAUCAACAUUUCUGAUUGUCGCAAUGUAUCUGAUACAGGAGUAUGCAUAUUAGCAAUUAAAUGUCCUGGGCUUCUAAGGUAUACUGCCUACAGAUGUAAACAGCUUUCUGACGCCUCUAUUAUUGCAGUUGCCUCUCAGUGUCCUCUUCUACAGAAGGUGCACGUGGGCAAUCAAGACAGACUCACUGAUGAAGGCCUGAAGCAGCUCGGUUCAAAAUGCAGGGAAUUGAAAGACAUACAUUUUGGGCAAUGUUACAAGAUCUCAGAUGAAGGAAUGAUCAUUAUAGCUAAAGGCUGUCUGAAGCUGCAAAGAAUAUAUAUGCAAGAAAACAAAUUAGUGACAGAUCAGUCGGUGAAAGCUUUUGCUGAACAUUGCCCUGAGCUGCAGUAUGUUGGUUUCAUGGGCUGCUCUGUUACUUCAAAAGGAGUCAUUCACCUUACCAAUCUAAGAAAUCUUUUGAGCUUGGAUCUACGUCAUAUCACAGAACUGGACAAUGAAACUGUGAUGGAAAUAGUAAAGAGAUGCAAAAACCUUAAUUCUCUCAAUCUAUGUCUGAACUGGAUCAUUAAUGACAGAUGUGUGGAGGUAAUUGCCAGAGAAGGACGGAACCUGAAAGAACUGUAUUUAGUAUCCUGUAAGAUCACAGACUAUGCUCUGAUAGCCAUUGGGAGGUACAGCAUGACAAUAGAGACGGUGGAUGUUGGAUGGUGCAAAGACAUCACGGAUCGUGGAGCCACCCAGAUUGCUCAGCGCAGCAAAUCCCUCAGAUACUUGGGACUGAUGAGAUGUGAUCAGGUGAACGAGGCCACAGUGGAGCAGCUGGUACAGCAAUAUCCACAUAUAACCUUCAGUACUGUGCUGCAGGAUUGCAAGAGAACACUGGAGCGGGCUUAUCAAAUGGGCUGGACACCCAAUAUGUCUUCGGGCUCCUAA